GUUGCGACGGUGGAUUGCGUGUUGGUGAACGUGAGGUCCUCCACGGCUCAUUGUUCCAUACAGGGUGUGUGGGUGUCUGCGUCACAGAGAGAGAGAGAGAGAGAGAGAGAGAAUGGCAUCUUCUUCUCAGCUCUCAGCUAUCCCACAACGUUUUGCUUUAGCUUCCACGGACCUCGGUAAACUCAAGUCCAUCAGGAUUCCCGUGAGAUCUAGUUUGGAAAAUGAGAACCGAAGUCCCGGAAAUUCAGACAACUCAUCAAAACCAGCAAAGGGUUCUCAAUUAUCAAUCUCUCGGCGUUGUUGUCUCACAUGUUUAUGUUCAACUCUAUCUUUGAUAAACAAUGUUGGUACCUCUGCUUCCAUACAAAAGGCAGUUGCGUUGGAAGGAAAAGAAAGACCAGCAUGCCGGAACUGUGGGGGCAGCGGUGCUAUACUUUGUGAUAUGUGUGGUGGUACAGGAAAAUGGAAAGCUCUAAAUAGAAAACGGGCCAAAGAUGUCUAUGAAUUUACAGAAUGUCCAAAUUGUUAUGGUCGAGGGAAACUUGUGUGUCCUGUUUGUUUAGGGACUGGUGUACCAAAUAACAAAGGUCUUCUUAGGAGGCCCGACGCUCGGCAAUUACUUGACAAGAUGUAUAAUGGUCGGCUGCUGCCGAACUCUUAAAUAGAGGCUAUUUAUUUGACCACAUGCAGGAGUACACUUCAACUAGUCGAACAAAGAAGAGGCAGAGAGAGUAUAGACUACCUGUCACUCCAAGUGCAGCCCUGUUGAUAUACUGUUACUUGCCAUAGUCGCUUCCGAUUUGGGCUUGAUAUGGAGGACUGCAAGAUGCCUUUUGCUUACUUACGCUGCUAUACUUUGGUGUGCGCCUUUUGGUAGUUAGGAGGGCAAGCAUAUGCUGCUAUGAUAUAUAUAUAUAUGUCAUCAUUGUAUGUGUUGAAGAUGGAAACUACCAAUAUGACAUGAUUAUAUUCUCUUAUUUAUUUCUAUUAUUAUUCUGAUUGUAAUCUCCUACUAAUUUCUUUCCAUUAGUAUUCCUCUCCUAUUUAAACCCAUGUAAACUUAUGGAAUGAUCAUCAUGGAAUAAACGGUUUAUCUUCUCUUCUCUUCAA